AUGGUUUUGUGCGCUGUUGGCCAACUCUGCAGUCGAGGGAACGUGGUAGAAAACCUGAUCAGAUGCCAGUCGAUCAUCAGCAGGUCUGCUAAAGCGGGGGCUAAAAUCGUCUUCCUCCCCGAAGCAUCCGACUAUAUUGCACCGGCCUCUCAAUCACCUUCCUUGGCUCAACCUCUGAAAGACAGUCAAUUUGUCCAAGGCAUCCAAGCCUCCGCUCAGCAAAACAACUGUUGGGUUUCCGUCGGCGUCCAUGAAAAGAGUACAGACGAUCCAAACAGGUGUCAUAAUACGAGCUUAAUUAUCUCAAACGAUGGGAUCCUUCAGCAAGCCUACCGAAAACUUCAUCUUUUCGACAUCGACCUCGGGAAUAGUACAUCAGCAAACGAGUCCAAGUACAUUAUACCUGGGAAGACCAUCGAGGAGCCUGUUCCAACCCCAAUAGGACAUGUGGGACAACUAAUAUGCUAUGAUAUAAGGUUCCCUGAAGUAGCAUUAAUCCAUCGUCGAAGAGGUGCAAACAUCCUGAUUUUCCCGUCCGCAUUCACUAUGAGAACAGGUGGUUCACAUUGGGAAACUCUAUUGCGAGCACGUGCGAUCGAAACACAAUGUUAUGUGAUUGCAGCAGCACAGGUAGGAACGCACAUCGAUAAGCCGCUGCGACAAUCGUGGGGCCAUGCAAUGGUUAUCGAUCCGUGGGGCACAGUGCUUGCUCAAGUACCCGACCUCGUCCCUUCUCUACCUCCCCCUUCAAUUGAAGAUAAUCCUCAAUGGAGCACUAGUUUUGCGUUGGCUGAUAUUGAUCUGUCAUCUUUAGAGCACCUGAGGAAAUCUAUGCCGAUACUCAAUCAAAGAAGAGAUGAUAUUUACCCUAGAUUGGAAUAG